CCGCCCAUUCGCCGCUGCUGUCUGAGCUCGGUCAGGUGUUCGUUGUACAGCGACGUAAACUUUGCAUUUCGAAAACUGAUUGGAUUUGGUGUUCGGGGAAAAACACAGACGAGGCCAUGCUCAGACGGAUACUUCAGAUGACUCCUGGGAAGGGAGGCUCCCAGAAUGCAGAGUCAGAGCAGCCCAGCACAGACCUCAACCACGAUCAGACGUCUGAGGGCUUCAUCUGUCCUCAAUGUAUGAAGUCUCACAACUCUGCAGAGGAGCUGUUUAAGCACUAUGAGCUGUUCCAUGAUACUGGAGACCUACCCGCUCAUAUGGCCCCCACUCGGGAAGACCUUACAAUGCUGCGGCAAGAAGUUCAGGACUUGCAUGUUACUCUCAAGGAGGAAAAGUGGUUCUCUGAAGAGCUCAAGAAGGAGUUGGACAAAGUCCAAGGACAACUGAAGCAAAAUGACGGACAGAUGAGCUCAGAUGAUUCAGCCCUUGAAAAGAAGUUGAAUGAAGCAGAGACAGAAAAGUUCAACAUCAAGCAGAUGAAAGACUUGUUUGAGCAGAAGGCUGCCCAGCUGGCCACAGAGACAGUAGACUUAAAGUCCCGCUAUGAUGAGGAGAAGAGCCUACGGGAGGCUGCUGACGAGAGGCUGGGCAAACUGACCGAACAGCUACAGAAAGAGAAGCAGGAAAAUGAAGGACUCCAAACAGAACUGCUGCAGCGGCCGGGAGUGGAGGAUGUGGAGGUACUGCAGAAGGAGCUGGUGCAGGUCCAGACGCUGAUGGACAGUAUGACCCGUGAGAGGGAGGUAGAGUCUGAAUGCCUCAAAUCCCACUAUGAGCAGCUGCAGGCUAACUACACUACCUCAGAGAUGACUAUAUCCCAACUAAAAGCAGAGCUGGAGAAGGGUCCACAGGAAGCAGCUGUCUACACACAACAGAUCCACCAGCUGCAGAGCGAUCUGAAUAAUUUGCAGCAGCAAAGCCAGAGCCUGUCUGAAAAUCUUGCACGAAAGGAGAAAGCGUACCAGGAACUGGAGGAGCGUCUGGGAGCUGAGAAGGCUGCCAAGAAGGGAGCUCAAGGCAGCCUGAGAGCGAGGGAUCUGGAGGUUCAAGAGCUCCAGGCUCGGGCCACAGGGGCAAAAGCCUCCCUGAAGAAGGCCUUGACGGAGCUUGGAGAGAGGGUUGAGGAGGUGGGAAAGUUGAAGAAUGAGAUUACGGAGCUGGAGGUGAAGCAUGCAGAGCUGAAGGUGGAGAGGAAACAGUUGGAACACCAAAGGGAAGAAAAAGACAACCAAGGAGCUCAGCAGCAGACUGAGAUCAGCCAGCUGCACGCCAAACUGCUGGAGGCCGAGAGACAGCUGGGCGAAGUGCAAGGUCGUCUUAAAGAACAGAGGCAGCUUUCUGGUGAGAAACUAAAAGACCGCGAGCAGCAAGUCGCCGACCUACAGCUCAAACUAUCCCGUGCAGAAGAACAGUUGAAGGAGAGUGCCACUAAGAAUACAGACGUGCAGCACCAACUGGAGAAAGCUAAGCAGCAGCACCAGGAGCUGCAGGCGCUGCAGCAAAACACAAAUGGCAAACUCCGCGAGGCUCAGAAUGACCUGGAGCAGGUGCUGCGUCAGAUUGGAGACAAAGACCAGAAGAUCCAGAAUCUGGAGGCUCUGCUGCAGAAGGGGAAGGACAUUGUGAGCCAGCUGGAAACUGAGAGAGAGGACUUGUGUGCCAAGAUCCAGGCUGGUGAAGGAGAGACUGCUGUGCUCAACCAGCUAAAGGAGAAAAACUAUGGAUUACAAGAACAGGUCACACAGUUGACAGACAAGCUGAAGAACCAAUCGGAGAGCAACAAGCAAGCCCAGGAUAACUUGCAUGAUCAGGUCCAGGAGCAGAAGACUCUGCUGCGUUCAGCUCAGGACCGAGCCCACACCCUGGAGACCUCCGUCACUGAACUCACCACCCAGUUUGCAGACAGCAAGGAGAAAGUAGCCCAGCUAGAUGCUCAGCUGAAGGCGAAGACAGAGCUGCUGCUAUCUGCAGAGGCAGCCAAGGCUGCACAGAAGGCUAACCUGGAAAACAACCUGGAGACGGCUCAGCAUGCACUGCAGGACAAACAGCAGGAGCUGAAUAAGGCUCAGAAGAAGUUGGAGGAGGAGGACCAAAGGCUCAAGGAGAGACAGGAGCAGUGCACACAGCUUGAUGCCAGUCUGAAGGAAUGCAAAGACAAACUAAUGGCCUCAGAACAGCGUAUAGAGCAGCUGGAGGGCCUCAAUAAGAAAUUCGAGUCACAAGUUGGGGAGUUGCAGGCCACUCGGGACCAGGUGCAGCAAGAAGUGCAGAAGCUGCAGAAGGAGAGGUCAGAGGUCAAACGGAAAGCAAAGGAGCUGCAGCACUCGCUGGAAACAGAGAAAUCAGUGACUACAACACUACAAGAGGAGUUGAAGAAAAAAGCAGCUGCUUUGAGUGACAUUCAGCAGCAGCUGGAGCGCAGCGAGCAGGACAAAGCUUCUCUGAAGGUGAACCUGGACAAGGUGGUCCAGGAGGGGGAAACUAAGAAUGCCGAUCUGGACAGGAAAUCCCAGAGCCUGACAGUAGACCUACAAAAGGCCCAGCAGGAGAAAGAGGCUCAAAAGAAGGAGCUUUUCUUUACACAGGAGAGCCUAGGAAAGGCUAAUAAAGCACUGAAAGAGAGUCGGAGUCAACUGGACACAGAGAGGAAGAACCAUAAGUCAGUCAUGGAGGAGAAGGAAAAGUCCAAUGAGAAGGCCAGACAGGAGCUUCUUAAGAGUAAUGAGGGCAUCGCCAAGUCAAUGAAAGAAUCGCAAGAGCAGUUGCAGCAGAUGGUAGAGGCAGAGAAAAAGUUGAAAGUGCAGCUGACCACGUUGGAGCAGCAGCGCUCUAACACUCAGGCGGCUCUGAAGGAAAAAGAGAAGGAGUUGGAAAAGCUGCGGGCACAACUUAAGACGAGCAAGGGGUCCUUUGAGGACGAGAUGAAGAAACUGAAGGGCCAAGUGGCAGAGUUACAAGAAGUCCAUGUCAAGAAGACAGAAGAGGAGAGUAAGCUGAGGGCCCAGGUGUCUGGGCUCAGCCAGAAGCUGGCCUCUGAGAACAGCCGGACAACAGAGCUGCAGAAGGCCUUGGAGCAGAGCCAGGAAAGCUUCACUAAGCUUCAGUCUGAAUUAUACGGCAAGGAGUCUGAGGUCUCUGCCCUGCGUCAAGACCUGAAGGCAUCAGAGGAGAAGCUGAACUUGGCUCUGGAAGAGCUGGCCGCUAACCAAAGCCAUCAAACAGGUUUAGAGGCUCAGAUCCAGGAUCUGCAGAAAGGCCGGGGCUCAUUGGAGCAGGAUCUGGAAAAACGGGACCAGAAGCUCCAACAGCAAGAGCAAACCCUGAGGGGACUACAGGAGCAACAGGGUCAAGUAAAGGAGGAACUGGAGAAGGAGAAGAACAAACUAGAGGAGCUUAACAAAGCCAAGACUGUCCUGGAAAAGAAUAACACCAUACUGACUUCUGAAUUAAAAACUCUAACCGAGAAGAGCAAGAAGGAGCUGGGUGAGUUGCGGGAAGCAAAACAUCUGUUGAUCCAGCAGAAACUGGAGCUGCAGCGUCAGAUGGAGGCAGCACAGAAGAUCCUUGAGCAGGAGCAGAAAGAGCACCAGGCCACCAGGGACAACCGGGGCCAGAGAGAGGAGCAGCUCCUUGCACAAACCAAGAAUGUCCAAGAUCAGUUGUCGGCAGAGAAACGGGCCAGAGAAGAGCAGGUGAAGCGUGGGGACGAGGAAGAAGCUAAGAUGGGGGUGCAGGUGACGGCUCUGAAUGAAAACGUGGCCACGCUGAAGAGAGAGUGGCAGGGCAGCCAACGGCGAGUCGGUGAACUGGAGAAGCAGACCGAUGAGCUGAGAGGAGAGAUCGCGGUGCUGGAGGCCACCGUCCAGAACAACCAGGAUGAGCGACGGGCUCUCUUGGAAAGGUGUGUGAAGGGUGAAGGCGAGAUCGAGAAACUGCAGGCCAAGGUGGUGGAGCUGAGGAAGAAGCUGGACGACACGACGGCAGCCAUGCAGGAGCUCGGCAGAGAAAACCAGUCGCUCCAGAUCAAGCAGUCCCAGAGUUUGACCAGGAAGUGGGCCGAGGACCACGAAGUGCAGAACUGCAUGUCCUGUGGGAAAGGCUUCAGUGUGACUGUCAGGAAGCACCAUUGCAGACACUGUGGCAACAUUUUCUGCUCCGAGUGUUCAUGGAGGAACACCCUCACACCGUCCUCUAAAAAGCCGGUACGGGUCUGUGAGACGUGCUUUGAGGAGCUCCAUGGCUGAUCUCCCUCCCAUCCCUUUACCUCCCCCAAACCUCCCGAUCCCUCACCCCUUUACCCUCCACUUCCUACUACAGCGAGCAGAAGAAGGCGUGUCUUUGUCAUAUUUAAUGUACACUAUUAAGGACCCAGUGCAAAGACUCCCAUCAGCAGGUGAUUUCUGGCUCUGGUGAGGAGGGGAAUAACUGAAGGGUUUUGAUGAAGAGACUCCAGAGCCACAUGAUGGGAUUGGAUCGGGGUGGGAAUGGUUGGGAUUGUCUGUAUCUGUUUUUGUGCCUUUGCUACUCCUGUGGACUGCCAGAGAGCGGAGACAGUGAGAACUAAACACCAUCCAAGUUAAGUUCAUAUUCACGUUUCCGUUGUUGUUUGGAAUCAUUAGCAAGUGCAAGGUGGUUGGCGUGUGUGUUGUAAGAUGUUUGGCAUCCAUCAGCUGUCAGGAGGUGAAAGGUCAGUGUGACACUGCCGGAGUGACCGGGGGAAGUGAAUAUUGUAAUGGCGAUGUUUAAAAUCACUUCUGCCCUACAAAGGUAAAUGCAGGUAACUAUUUAGUAAAGAAAAUAAAUAUCUGUGACGUUUUCUGUGUACGACUACAUCGAUCUGAUCACAAUAUCCUUUUUUUAUUGGAAAAAAAGGAUAACUCAAGAAGUAAUCAGUGAGUACAAAAAUAUUUUCCAGAUAUUUUUUCAUUGAAUGUGUGUAAUGCAGAUUUGACAUGUGGAUAAGAAAGUGUGUUGAAAUGUUUUACUACUUCUUUUUUUUUUUGAGGAACAUACUUCAAAUUUACUUUCAGGAAAUCAUUAUUUGAACAGAAUUUCAUGCUGUCAGCAGUUAAUUUGGCCCCAAAACAAGUUAGUUUAUCAGCUUAACUUUAAAUUUGAUGUUUUGUGGACAAGAUUUCUUAACAAUAUUAAGUAGUGAUUUUAAAUUCAAGAAUAUGUAUUGUAAAUUCAGCACUCAAUCCUUUUUGUCAACAUGUUGUUGUACAGUGUAACACAGCAAAAGCAAAUUAAUUACAGCUCCAGAAUUUAGGGUCAAAUGUCAUUUUUGUUUUGUAAAUGUUCAAACUGUCAAUAAGAAAAUCAACUCAUCAGUUGAUUUUUGCACCAGCGUUUAUUCUGCACGGGACUUGAGAUCAACUGCGACGUUGAAUCGGUUCCUGCAUGUUUCCUUUGUGCGGCAGCGUGUUUGUGUGUCUGAUGAAAUUGAAGUUUUCAGCCAAUUCAUGACCAAAGAAUGUCUGCAGCAGGAAUACAGACGAGAUGAAAAAUCUGAGCUUGUUUCAUAUUUCAGUAUUUUUCUAAGCGUGAAGCUUUUGAGUUUUAAGUCGCAGGGUCCUAUUUUUAUUUUGAUCACAGCAUGUAUGACGAUCUGAGAGGCUUUUAUGUCCAGUGAGUGUUUGCUGUGCCACAUUUCUCUUUGCGUGUUAAUUUCUGCAGACUGUUAAUGCAGUCGUUGCAGUUGCCUGCAUGUGUAUUUUGUAAUUGUUUUUUUUCCUGCUGCUUCUACACUCUGUGUGUGUGUGUGUGUGUGUGUGUGUGUGUGUGUGUGAUAUAGCUGCUUUGGAGCAAUAACUGUGGCUGUGUGUGAUGUUGCUGUAACAGAGAGUGUGUGUGUGUGUGUGUGUGUGUGUGUGUGUGUGUGCAGAGAAGCACUGUAUGAACGUCGGCUGCUCAGAACCUCAGUAUCUCUUGUGUUGUUCGGGAUGUCGGUGCUGCCUUCAGGCGCAGCGGUUGCUGCCGGUUCUCUGUCCAUCCUGCGUCCAGCUGAUGACACUGUAAAAGGUCAUUCCUGCUUUAUAUAAUUUAUAAUUGUUGACAGAAUCUUGGUAAGAUCUUUUGUGCAAUUUUCUGAAGACUGGAGCAGACGAAAACACAGUAAUCCGGGCGACAAUGCAGGCAUUUUGCAACAAGCAGCUUGUUUCAGACUUUGGCUUCCCUAAUUAUCGAUAUGCGCAAACAAAAUCGUCCAUUUUAGUUGCAAGCACUCAAGUUCAGCCGUCUCUUUUGUGUUGCAUUGGUUUUGUUAUGUCUACCUCAGAUUGGCACAGGAAAAGCACUAUUUCUAAACCUUAGAGAUCACAAAUAUUGUUAUUGCCUGCAUUUGAUCAAGGAUGUGUGAUUUAUCUAUGUACAGUCCCUUAAAACCUAGAGAGAUGAUUUGCACCUUCUUGUAUUCUGGGCUCGUCCCUAUGAAAACCCAGCCACGAACCACCGACUUUAUACAGGCUUCAGCAUUUCUAGCCUCGAUGUACUUAACUGCUCAUUAAUAAUAAGGCUGUCAUAAUUAUCUUUGUAAAUGUUUGUAUUGAAAGAGAACAUGGAAAUAUAUAACACUUGUGGAUGUAGAAACAUGACAAAAGUGAAAAUGUGUGUGGACUCAGUGUCUUUAAAUUUAAUUUAAAUUAUUUUUACAAAAAAGGCACCACAGUGAAUCGUGGCUUGCUUGGUGUUGCUGCCAGUGAUCAUGCAUGGUGACUUAAUGGCCUGUGGCUCACACGUUUUCUCCAUGUUUCGUCAUCAUAUUUGAUGGUUGUGAAGGUUUGCCUUAGGCCAUCGUCUUGUAUGCCUCUGCUCACUGUCAGCGGUAUUACCCGCCAGGGGGAGCUCAGCUUACCUGGGGGGGACGAGAGAAACAACGUUGUUUAUGUUCACAUGCACCAUUUGAUUUUUUCUAAUUCAUCUUCAUGACAAACAUAAAUAAAACCUACAGUAUGUUUCUA